GGCCAGCCGAAACAUUCCCAGGCACAGAACUGCUGCGGGUCUGGCUGCUGGAAAUCCUUUCGUUUGGAGCUCUGCAGCCAGCCCUUGUGUCCUGCUUUGCUCUGGUGGAAGGUGUCCCUGCCCUGAAAUGAGAUGAGCUCUAAGGAUUUUUAGAUGUGCCCUGAUGCCGCAGGCUCUCCUGGCUCCUGGAAAUGCAGCUCUCUUCCAGCGUGGCCGAACUCAGCUGUGACCAGACCAUGGACCCACCCUCGGAAGACUUCCAGCAAGUCCUGUCCAUCGACCAAAUCCGCUCCAUCCGUGCCAGCAACAACUACGUGGAGAGACCGGCGGGGUGCUCGCAGCAAAGCCGCUCCAACCCCUCGCUGGCGCAGCCCCCGCACAAGCACGAGUGCUCCCAGGACCGCCUGGCCUCUUCCCCCUUCCAGGACCUGCAGCGCAGCCACAGCCAGCAGCAGCCGCAGCUGAGCCACUCGAGCACGGCCAGCUCGGUGUCGCAGAGCACCGCGGCCUCGGAGCAGCGCCUGCUGGGCGCCCUGACGCCGUCGCACUCCGGGCACUCUCUGGUGCGGACGCAGCCGCGGCCGGGCGAGCCGAAGGCCGAGGAGUCGCCGCGGAAGGGCGCGGAGCCGGCGGCGCACGGGCACGUGCUGCUGUGUGAGGCGUGCGGGCGGUGCCGCUGCCCUCGAUGCACGGCCGCCCGCAGCCUCCCCUCGUGCUGGCUCUGCAACCAGCGCUGCCUCUGCUCCGCCGAGAGCCUCCUCGACUACGGGACGUGCCUCUGCUGCGUCAAGGGGCUCUUCUACCACUGCUCCACCGACGACGAGGACACCUGCGCCGACGACCCCUGCUCCUGCGGGCCGGGCUCCUGCUGCGCCCGCUGGGCUGCCAUGAGCAUCCUGUCCCUUCUCCUGCCCUGCCUCUGCUGCUACUUCCCCACCCUGGGGUGCCUCAAACUUUGCCAGCGGGGUUAUGACGGCCUGAAACGCCCCGGCUGCCGCUGCCAGAGCCACACCAACACAGUCUGCAGGAAGAUCUCCUCGGCCAGCGGCACGCCCUUCCCCAAAACUCUGGACAAGCCGGUAUGACCCUUCCGAGGAGGAGAAGUGGGCUUUGCUCCUCUUCCUCCCCCUCCUCCUCCUCCUCCUCUUGUCUCCUCCAUCCCCCUCCUCCCUCGGCUUCCUCUGCUCUGCAGUGUCCCCCCCUCCCCACCAUCACCUUCUGGGGUUGAGAUGGGUGGCCUAGGAGUGCUCCAGGCUUUGGCACAGCCUGGUUGGUGGCUGGGGGAGCUGGCACUGAGCUGGGGGUACCCGUGUUUGUUUUUGCACAUGUGGGAGAGGGACAGGAGAGGCAGAGCGAGCUGGGGGUGCUCUCCCUGGCUCUGUCCCAUAGGGAAAGGUGGCCCAGAGGGUCCUUGGGGCUCUGCCUCCAUUGCAGGGCUGCCUGGGGGCCCUCAAGACUCUGCUCUCUGUAGUUUUAGGAGCUGCCCCACAGUGUGGUCCUUGCCCAUGGGGAAGGAGCCAGGUCAGUGCAUCCCAGAGCCCCUCCAGAGCCAGACCCCCUCCUCCCACUCCUUCUCCUCGUCCAGCACUUUCUGUGGGUGACCUUUCUCCCCUCAGGUCCCUUUCCCCAAGGGUCUGAGGUGCCAGGGGGUCUCACCAGUGGCAGUGGUUUCCCUCCAGGCUUGGGAGCCGCUGGGAGCAGUGAGUGAGAUCCAAAAUGAGGUGGCACUGUGUUUUUCUGUCUCAGAGAGGAAGAGAAGGUGUGGGAAGCUUUAGAAACCUUCUGGCAGGCGAAGGAGCUAUGGGAGGCAGCCCAGCCCACUCGCUCCUGCCCUACUGCAGCAAGGGAAAGGUCCCCUCUGGGAUUUGGCUGACAACAAGGAGUUGCUUGGAAAUUGCCAUUCAUUUCUCCAGGCCUUGGAGGGCUGCCUGAGGUGGGAGCUGCUGCCUGGCUCCAUCCCACCCCCCAGCAGAUGCCACCGUGCUCAAACCCCGAUCUGGUAUCUUCCACCAGCACUGCAUUCACUUUACAAAAAUAUGAGAAAAGCCAAGUGUGAGCCGCCAGAGCUCCGGGGACUCCCAACAGGGGCUUCUGUCAGGGCUGCAGGACACGGAGAGCAGGAGGACACGGAGAGCAGGAGAGGGUGUCGAUCCUGGCCACCCCAAUCUUCCCUCUCUGCCAAAUUUCCUGCAAGUCCUCACCUCGCAGAGGAGGCUGUGCCGCGCACGGACAGCCAGGACCGGGGCUGGAGCCGGCGCUGGGGCUGCAGAGCAGCCGGACACUGCGAUCCGGGCCAGGGCUCCGCCUUUCCUCCCUGCGAUGAUGAUGAUAACCCCGGCUGCUGGCUGUGCCUGGGGGGCUCCUGCUGGUCCUGGGCUCAGCCCAUCUCUCUGUGCAGUGCCAGCUGCUGGUUGUGGCCCCGCUGGCAUCAUCUGGGGGAGCUUGGAGCUGGGGUGGUGUCCUGGAGCCCGGCUCUGCCUGCCUUCCCCCAUCCCAGCUGUGUGAGCACGGGGAGCAGGGAGAGGGGCCCCUGGAGGAAUAUAUGCAACACAUCCCUCGGCUUCUCCAGACCCUGCUCCCUCCCAGCCGCCUCUCCCCGUAGAGUUCUGUGGAUCUAUUUUUGUAGAUAUAAAUAUAACGUUAGGAUGGGUAGCUCUAUUACUAAUAAUAUUCAUGAUACUGCUGUGAACGGUGCCAGGUACAAGGUUUGGCUUCCUGGUGCACUUGCACACGCUGGAAAAGAUGAUUUCCCAGUCAGUUUGUUGCUAAUCCCAGUCCUUGGUUCCCAGGUUGUUGGGAGAGGGGGAAAUGGGAUUUUCUGGGGGUGCUCUGCAGGGAGGGUGGGUUCAGUGCUGGCUGAGAGGUGAGGCAGAAGUGGGAUCUCAUUGUGGGACUCCUCUUUCCAUCCAUCCAUCCAUCCAUCCAUCCAUCCAUCCAUCCAUCCAUCCAUCCAUCCGCCAUCCGCUUUCUAAAAAUCCUGCUGGAUCCAAACUCCCUCUGUUCAGGGAGAAGUGGUUUCAGGCAGUGAUUCAUCCUGCCUGGAAGUGUUAUUCAUGAAAUCCUGUGCUGGCUGUGCCUGGCUCCCCUGACUCAAAUGGCACCCAAACACCAAGGUUCUGGGGGGAAGGGGGCAUGGAUCCCAUCCCUGCUGGGAGGUUGGUGCUGGAGGAUGCCAUGGACACGAGUGAAACCCUGAUUUCACCCUGGGAAGGUCUGUGGGUGUCUCAGGAUGUGCUCUGGGGUGCAGAGGGAUCUCCUGGCAUUAGUAAAGGACAGAGCCCCAUAUGUGCAUGGUCCAUCCCUGAGGCCAGCCUGGACUCUGGGAUCAUUUGGAUUUUAAAGCCAUUACCUUCUCAGAGGAUGCCCUGGAGGUGUGUGAGCCCCUCUAAGAUCAUUUCUGUGGCAGCAAUUACAAAAUGCAUUUAUCCUUAUGCCAAUAACUGCUCGUCUCCCUGCUUCCAAGUGAUGUUGUGGGGAGACACUUCCUGCAGGAGUCUCCUUCCUUGGGAAGGCUCAGUUCACUCUUCUAUUAGUGCUGAUCAAACUCCUUCUUUGUAAAACCAGAGAGCAUUUUUAGGGAGAAAAGGUCCCUUUUCCCCUGUGGGUUGGAGGAGCUGUCUCCCUUGAAUGAGAAUGUGAAACAGUUCAUUGAAACUUUUUAAAGA